UUAUUUAAUUAUCAAAAAAUGCUUUGGAACGUCUUUUCUCGUUUGCGAUCCAGUCGUUCACCUCUCCUUCCAAUAAUUAUGUUAGCAACAUUAAUAUUAUAUACACUUUUGGGUGCUCUUGCAUUUUGUGCUUUAGAAUCAGCGAAUGAACUUGAAAAAAUAGCAAAAUGGUCGGCAAGUCUCAGACAAAGGGAGUUACAUGCAAGAGAACGAUUACUUGCUGAUUUACAGUAA